AUGCCCUCCUGGUGUGACCCACGCUUGGCGCUCACACCGGUGCAGGCAGAGGAGUCGGCGGCAGAUGAUAUUGUUUUUGACUUGGGUCCGCAGGACGAGACUGUCAGGGCCCGAGCCAAAGCGAACAGCUCCUGGAUGCUGUGCUUGCAGGCGCCACCCGCCAUAGAAGUCGACGAUGUGCUGCACAUCGGCCUUGAUGAGGAUUCAGACGCUGGCGAGAGCAUCAAGUCUGCCGACUUGCUCCAGAUCAUCCAGCAGGCCUCCGAGGUGGAGAUCAGCUCGGACUCGGUGGACUCACGCCAGGCUCUGGCGCCAGCUGAGCCGGACCCGCCCUCAGAGGCUCCAAGGCCGCACUCCGAGGCCGUGGCAGAAGCGCGUUCCGCCCACAUCACCCUUGAGGAGGGAGCGGGUGAAACUCGCCCGAGUGAAGUAGCACCUCCACGAACGCCGGAUGAGGAGGAUGAGAAGGAGGAGAGCGAAAUUCAGGAGGAAGAGGAGGUGCAGGCGGCACCCAGCCGUGCCAGCGGAGCCGAGGUGACUUUUGCCGUCGGUGGGUUCGCAGCGACGCCAGCAGAGGCACUAGAGCCUGCGGCGCCACCAGAGCCUGUUGUGGCGCAACGCGAGGAAGAUGUGCCUAGAGCGAGUGGCAUAGACGAGAUGUUCGCCGACAUCCUCGCCCCCAUCCCCGAGGCGCAGGCCACCCUGCCACGGGUGAUCGAAGCAGCGCCCGAGCCUGCUGCUCCGGCACGGUCAUCAGUCGAUGCUGUGGCCGCCAGCAGUCGGAUUGUGGCUGCAGAGCCAGCAGGGCCUCUUCGCCGAAAUCAGGAGUCCGCCUCGGGGGCUGCGGCAAGAGCGGAGCCAUCCAGGAGCCUUGCUGCGCCAGUUUCCAAGCUGGCGAACCUGAUGCAAGAGAGCACGGAGAGGAGGGAGCCCGUGCCGCAGAACAGCUCGCCCGCGAACAGUUCUGUAUGCAACAGAGAGGCGGAUGAGGAUGCCAGCUUGGACAAAGAGUGGGACGAGAUUGCCCGUCGGACCGAUGAGCUCAUUGCGAACGCGCGUGAGUCCAAAGGCGUUGUGGCCGUCUCGCAGGACGUCCUGAGCCAACCCCUCAGCUACAAGGACUUCACGCAGUGGUUGCUCCAGCUGGAGAUAGACCCGGCUGCCUUGCGGCAAAUGCGAGAGGAGAUGAUUGAGGAUGAUCUCGCGGGCUGUGGAUGCUUCAUGAAGCGCAUGCGGCCUCGUUCUGAAGUCCCUGGUCUUGAGCGGCGGUUCUGGGCGGAGAAGGAUCUAGUCCUCUUCCUCAAAGUCACGCACUUUGACUUCAACGACACCGUGCAUCACCGAAUGCUGCGGACGAUGUACGGCAAGCUGUCAAGGAAUAAGGUUUGCCCAACGGUUGGCAGACACUGGGAACUCCUGGGAUUUCAAAGCGGAGAUCCCAGAACCGACUUGAACCGUUCUGGGGGCGUCCUGAACGUCAUGCAAAUGUUCUAUUUCUUUUCGCACCACUUCGACCUCAUGAAAUCGGCCUACCUGCUGGCGCAAGAUGCGCAGCACAACUUUCCCCUCGCCUGCGUGUCAAUAAACAUCACCAAGAUGGUCAUUGAGUGCCUACUCGAGGGCCGACUGUCCAAGCUCUGCAAUGGCUCGCGGGGCGUCUUCGAGAUGACCUGCCUGGUCUACAGCGCCGCCUUCUUCCACUGGUACUGGCGCUGGCGAACGCAAAAGCGGAGCAUCCGCGACACCGAGCUGACUUUCAAGGAGGUUCGAGCGUUGCUUGAGCGGCGGCCUGCCAAGCUGCUGGAUAUGCUGCAGCAGGGCAUUGCAGAGUCCAAAGCCAAGGCCGACCCUUCACGCCUGGAAUUCACCGACAUCGACUUCGGUGGAGCCAGGGGCGCUGGGAAGGGAAACCAAGCGGUCCCGGAUGGACUUCAGCGUUACCAAUACGACGAGUGA